GCGGACGAAGCCGCAUGAUGGGCUGUCGUCGUGUGUAGGUUCUUGUUGGUGAAGUGCGCCCUAGCGUGAGCGCUCUGGCCCAUCGGCAGCACAGCUAGCGUGCACGCGGUUCCGCAUGCUGUUUGAGGCGCGGGGGUUCUCGCAGGACACCCUCGCCGCCUUCCAGGGGGAUGGGGGGGCUGAGCAGCAGCAAGGGGGGGGGCGGGGGAAGGGGGGGCAGGGCAAGGGGAAGAGGAUCCGGCCAAUUCCGGACUGCCACGUGUCGACUGUCGUCAGUGGACCUGAAAUGGGUUACGUGGUAACCCCACGCAUAGCCGUGCAGAGUGCUGUGUUUCUCCUGACCCGGUCGCCGUCCACCCUGCCCACCGGGGGCGUGCUGCCCCCAGCUGCUGCCUUCCAUGGGGGCGACAAGCUCUGGCCUGGCCUCGCUGCCCGGGGCCUGCUCUUUGAAACGCUCAGGUCGUCUGGCGUGUGAUGCGAGGCGAGGGAGGGUGUGUGCUUGAGAGGAGAGGGGGACGAGAGGAGAAGUGGGAGAUGCCUCUAAACACUUUUGAGGCGCUCGGUCAGCUUGGGCUGUUUCUGGUGUAUGGGAAGCAGGGAGUAGUGUGCGAUGCUUCAUGCGUGGCUGUGAAUAACAUAGCCUGGAGUGGUAUGGAUGAUCGAAGGGUCUGUCUGUAUAGAGUGCUGUUUGUCAGAAUGAGAACGAAAUGAUUACUAGAGGUGGAAACCUAGAACAAAUACUAGUUGGUUGUACUCACUAGAAGCAUACCUCAGUCUAGUCUAUAACUUCUACAUAGAUAAUAUGUAUAAGUUGACACACCCCCU